AUGCGACGGGAGCAUCCCUCUAUGGUUCACGCUGCCGCUGCUUGUUCCAGGAGGGAGGGCUUUCGAGUAAGUUUCCUCCACUUGAAGAUCUGAAAACUGCUGAUGGUGAGCAUAGAUUAUCAACGUCACGAAGGAGGUCAUUAGGGACUACUUCGAGGAGACGGCGGCUGACGAAUUGGAUAAGGGAGCACGGCCGAGAACCAGCGGGAAUGUGAACCACACGCCGAUUUUCCAGGCUGUCGCUACCGCGCAGAAUCUCCCGGGCCAUGAGGCUGAGACGAAUAUUCUGCAUCGUGACGGUGCGGUUGAGACUCCGUCAUUUCCUGGACCGGAGCCUUUUCUGUCGCCCCAGAAUAGCGAUUCUGCGUUUGAAGAUGGAAUAUUCCUUCCUGGAUCACAGUAUCAAGAGCUCCACGCUACGCUGCGAAGCCGACUUAUCGAUACUGCUCGCUCCACGGCGCCGUCUCGGAUAGGUUCACCAGAGAUACCGGAUGUUAGGCCUUCGCUUCAUCGAUCUGACAGUGCCGAGAGUGAUGAUGAGGAAUCUCGGAGGCUAGCUCAGCUAUCCGCAGAGCAAGAAUAUGCUCUUUGGCAGAAUUACAUUGACGAAGUUGCUCCUUGGAUGGAUAAAUUCGACAAUGAACGGCACUUUGAGCUCGUGUUGCCGGUCAUUUCGAAGACGCAUCCCCAUGUGAGGUACUCUAUCCUCGCAUUAUCGGCUCGCCAGUUGGAACUCAAGGCACAACGGGCGGACAAUCAGCUCAGUCUUGCUCUCUACCAGCACGCAAUUCACCUUCUAUCACCUCUCUUGCAACAACGGACCACAGUUGUCCUGGCCUCUUGCGUAGUGCUCUGCGUGCUGGAAAUGAUGUCGUGCUCCCCGAAAGCCUGGCGUCGACAUCUUGACGGCUGUGCGGCGCUGAUCCAAUCCCUAGGCCUUACUGGCGAGUGUGGUGGCCUCGAGCAAGCCAUGUUCUGGUGCUUCGCUCGCAUGGACAUCUGCGGAGGUCUCAUCUCAUCGGAGAGAACACUGAUACCCAUGCACCGCUGGCUCAGCUCUAGUGGGGAUGACUUCUUGACAGAUUAUAGCCUCCUCCAAAACAUCUCCGGCUUUGACACGUACGCCAACCGCGUCGUCUAUCUCUGCGGCCAAGUCAUCGACCUUCUCUGUUCUUCCGGGAAAUGGGAACAGCGCCAUCAUCACCAACAGAGUCGUGUGGUGAUGGAUGCGACAGAGUAUAUCCACCACUGGACCCACCUCUUCGAAGUCCUGGAAAAGUGGUACCUCGACCGUCCGGAAGAAAUGAAACCCCUCCUCACGAUCCCAACUACCCAACCUUUCCAAACCCUCUUCUACGGCAACGGGUCGGCAGUCUCUGGAAACCAAAUGUAUCACACUGCAGCUCUACUCAUGCUGAAGUACAAGCCCUCGCAUCUCCAGUUCCAGGCCUCGGUGUCGAAGAAGCCGCAUUCGAUCUUGUGGCAUGCGAGGCAAAUCUGCGCGAUCUCUUUAAGCAAUCGACAUCAUGCUGCUUGGACGAACAGUGUGCAGCCGCUCUGGGUUGCCGGGCAGCAUAUGAGUCAUGAGUGUGAGCAUCGGGCUAUUCUUGAGAUAUACGGAGUUAUUGAGAAGGAGACGGGGUGGAAGACUCGGUGGCGGGCGGAUGAUUUGAGGGAGUAUUGGGGGGAAGGGGAGGAAGAGAUCGUAUAA